GUACCUCCAGCAGCAUAACCAGCUCGUUCCAAAUUUCACAUCACAACAGUCGUUGAAUUGAGGUUAUAACCAACUAUUGGAUACAAUUUAAUGAAUCAAGGUAUUAAAAUGUCCCUAUAAUCUGAUAAGGGCAUUUUUCUAACAAAAUCUUUGCAAGAUGGAGACAAAUUCCAAGCCUGGUCCUAAGACCCCAGAUAUUAAGCUGGUUAUGAUCGAUGUCAAGAUGCAGAUUCGUACUCUCCACGCGAAAAUUACUUUCCUUCAGGAAACAGGUGGAAUGACAGAAGAAAUCGAACGAAUGAUGACUGAUCUCAUAGUUCUUUGCAACAAAGGCGACUCUAUUUCGACAACUCGCACACCAGAGCCUGCGGGAACCACAGUUUUCCCAAAGCUCCUCUCAAGGCCCAAGACGAUGCAGGCAAAGUCUGGAUAUGCUGGUCCGAAUCUGACACAUCUCUUGUCAAUGCCUGGAGACACCAUUAUCGCUUACGCAUAUAUCAGUGAGGUGAUUGCCGUCGGUUUCAAUACGCGAACAAAUUUAGGAGGUAGAUUUCCUGUUGAUACUGCGAAGAUGGUUUAUCCACAACCUGAUGAGAAGGUCGAAAUAUUCAUUGCCAAAAAUCCACUUACCAUAUAUAAUAAUACUCCAUUUCUUUUGAAUUAUAAGGCCGGACAAUAUAUUAGAGUGUGCAGUUGGGAAGAGGAUAGGAUUUACGCCUAUGGCUUUAGUCUUAGUACUCUUGCUAUGGGCAGAUUUGAUGUCAGAUAUGACUUCAAUAAAAUUGAGUGGCUUAAACAAAUCUAAAGACUUUUAUAGAAUAAGACGAGGUUCUAAGUAUGAUACAUAGUUCUCCUUUCAACUAAAGAAGUUAUUAUUUCUCUAAUGCUGUCGAGUCCUUCUAUACUACCCGGAAUAUAACCUCUAUCGUCUCUUAGUACAGCCUCCAAUUUGGCUUCUUCCACAUUCCCUUCCCUAAUAAUACCGUGCUUUUACUAUAAGCCGAGAAGAACGGAGCUCCAAUCCUGUUCCGACAGUGGCAGAUAAGAAGUUUUCUUAAGAACAAUUGCUGACCCUUCUUACCCACCACACUUUGUAAGUACGGAUUGAGUCGCGAAGGCUGUUCAAUUAAAUCUGUGAUGCGAACA